AUGCCCAUCGGUCGACGAUCGCAUACGAAAUCGAGGACGGGAUGUAUGGGCUGCAAGAAGCGUAGAAUUAAGUGCGACGAGGGAAAACCUGCGUGUACGCAAUGCCUCCAGCAUAGGAUUCAAUGUGAUUACAAGAAUCCACCAGUACCAAGCACCCGUUUACCAACCGCACAUACUAUCUCUGCUGUGUUAUCCCCAAAUGGACUUACAGCCGCGUCAACUCCUAUAUGUGCAACAGGGGCAUCUUCAAGUCUCCAAUCGCCUCUACAGGAUAUUGACACAACGGACUUCAGACUUCUCCAUAAUUUCACCACAUCAACCUGUCUCACUCUAUCUGACCAAAAGGAGCUACGAGACCUAUGGCAGCAACAGAUCCCUGAUCUCGCCUUCUCACACACUUUUCUUCUGCGAGUGAUUUUUGCCAUCUCCGCUUUGCACCUGUAUCGAAAAACAUCAGAUACGAAUUACCUGGCCUAUGCACUGCAGAAAUAUGAGGAGGCACUGAAAUCCUCGUCUUUGGUCCUUACCGCAAUUUCUCCGGCGAAUUGCCACGCACUUUACGCCUGUGCAGCCCUCGGGUUCCUCUUCGAAUUUGGCGCCCCGAGCGAGGAUCAAAAUAUCCUCUAUGAUGCUAAUGGAGCUUUAGCACCCUGGGUUAUACAUGUGCGAGGGGUGCGAAUAAUCAUGGCUUCAUCGUGGCAUGAUCUCGAAUCCGGGAUCCUGGGUCGUCUUUUUGGACAUAUAUUCGUUGAUCAAAGCGUGGAUAAUAUCGAGGACUGCCUUGGAAGAUUCGCAGAGCAUAUUGAGUCCACCGAAAUCGACACAGAAACUCUUUCUACAUAUCUAGACGCUGUUCAGGACCUCACAAAAUGGUCGAAAAUGGUGGAAGCUGGGUUUUUUGCCUGGAUGUGUCAAACUAGCGAUGACUUCGCGACCCUCUUGGCAGAAAAGCAGCCAUUCGCUCUUGUGAUUUUCGGCUAUUCGUGCGUUCUUCUGAAAUAUGGCGAGCCAAGGUAUUGGAUUGAGGGACGGGCCCAGCGUUUGCUGCGUGAAAUAUACGGAUACCUGCAACCCCAUCUUAGGGUAUGGUUGGAAUGGCCGUUAGCAAUAGUAGGCUGA